UCCCCCACAUUUAUACGACACGUGUUGCUGACGUGGACUCGCCUUGGCGCUCCCUCUUUCUUCUUCAUUCUUCAACGCCAUUUCUUUCCUCUCUCUGUAGAAAGAAAUUCUCAAACUCCUUUUCUCUUCUUUCCUUUCCUUUCAGAGAGAAAAUGCAGAGAGUGUGAGAGAAACUAAUUCAAUUCUUUACACAAUACCUUUCCUUGUAUUCACGUCUUUGCCAUUCAGAAUUACUUGGUUUUCGGAGGUGGGUGACGUGCCGGAGAUUUGAGAUUUGAGAGUGUGAGCCUGUAAGUGCAGCUGAGUCAGUUAUCAGAGAAACGUGAAGGAUUUUGUUACAUAGGUCGGUUCAAGAUUUAUUAAGUCUUUGUAUAUGGGAAACAACGAAGAGGGGAAGCCUACCAAGUCUGAAAAACAAUCUUCACCUGCAAGACUGGAUCAGACUAGUCAGACUAAUAUUCAUGUCUAUCCUGAUUGGGCAGCCAUGCAGGCAUAUUAUGGUCCCAGAGUUGCUAUUCCACCAUAUUAUAACUCCACCAUGGCUUCAGGUCAUGCUCCUCACCCAUAUAUGUGGGGUACACCACAGCCAAUGAUGCCACCUUAUGGGGCACCUUAUGCGGCAAUCUACCCACAUGGAGGGGUUUAUGCACAUCCUGCAGUUACUCUUGGGUCACAUUCACAUGGUCAAGGGGUUCCAUUGUCGCCUGCUCAGGCUGUAACUCCUAUGAGCAUUGAAACACCCACAAAAUCAGGAAAUACAGAUCGGGGUUUAAUGAAGAAGUUGAAAGAGUUUGAUGGGCUAGCAAUGUCAAUAGGCAAUGGUGCUGCUGAGAGCCUUGAGGGUGGGGCUGAACAUAGGCUGUCACAGAGUGUGGAGACUGAAGGUUCCAGUGAUGGAAGUGAUGGGAAUACUGCUAAGGCAAAUCAAACCAGAAGGAAAAGAAGCCGUGAGGAAACACCAACCACUGGAGGCAAGACAGAGACACAGGCCAGUCCAGUUACUUCCAAGGAGGCCAGUACAGCUACAAAUAAGGUCUUGGGUGCAACUGUCACACCUGCUAGCGUUGCUGUAAAUCUGGUUGGAAAUGUUGUUUCCCCUGGCAUGACCACAACAUUGGAGUUCAGGAACACUCCUAACACAAACCCCAAAACAACAACUCCUAGUGUCCCUCAAUCUUGUACAGCACUGCCUUCUGAAGGGUGGCCACAGAAUGAAAGGGAGCUGAAACGAGAGAGGAGGAAACAGUCUAAUCGAGAAUCUGCUAGGAGGUCCAGGCUGAGGAAGCAGGCUGAAACUGAAGAACUUGCACUUAAAGUUGAAUCGUUGACUGCUGAGAAUGACGCAAUAAAGUCUGAAAUAGAACAAUUGACUGAUAACUCAGAGAAACUAAGGCUAGAGAAUGCUACAUUAAUGGAGAAACUGAAAAAAGCACAACUAGGACAGAGAGAAGAGAUUAUUUUGAACAGCAUUGAUGGCAAGAGAACCCUACCUGUUAGUACAGAAAACCUUCUGUCAAGAGUUAAUAAUUCGGGUUCCAUUGGUAAAAGCAUUGAGGAAAAGAGUGACAUGUAUGAUAAGAACUCAAACUCUGGUGCCAAGCUGCAUCAACUCUUAGAUGCAAGUCCCAGGGCUGAUGCCGUGGCAGCUGGAUGAUCUGAUCAUCAUGGAAACAGCAUUACCACAGUUUUUUUAGUCAUGUGGUGGUUUUGGCAAUAUUACAAGCCCAGAAUUACUGCUAACAGUAAGCAGAAGAAUGAAACAAACAACUGAAUAGGAUUGGUAUUUGUGAAAAUGCAGACUCUAAUUUUUACUUGUAAGUUAGCGUUUUCGUGUCAGAAGACUCAGAACUAAUAUAAUUUUAUUAAGUAUCCAGAGUGCGUGGACAGCCGCUGAAAGGUAAUGUACAUUGAAGAGAUUUAGAGAUAUGAGUUAGGGAAGGCCUACAAUACGUAUCUGUUUGUGGAGUUUUAUGAAGUAUGAACUAGUGAUUUGGACCCUGUGUGUUAUAUGAAUCAGAACAAUCGGAUGUUAUGUUCUCUAUUUUACGUACGAUGACUUAUUGCA